AUGACCGAUGACGGGAGUCCCGGAGUGGACUGGAUGGCUUGUAAAAGCGAAUUGCAACUCUUCAAAUUGCACCUGAAUCCAAACUGCGAUACCGAAGAGGUGUUCUGGACGUCACUGAAGAUGUCCUCAUAUUGGGGUCGAUAUAUCGACUGUGACAAAUCCCAAACGUUCUGCGAUGAUCGCGCGGACGAGAUUACCGCAUGCGAUCGACCGUCCACCUACCACGUCAUCUGGCACAACGGAAUCGAUCGUUAUGAAUGA